CGUGUUUGUAACAAGAAAAUCACCGGAACCCUAUUUUCUUCCUAUUGGGAUAACCUGGCAUGAAUUUCAGUUACUGGGCUAACAUAAUAAUAAUAAUCAUCAGUGACUGUAACAGCUCUGUUUCUAAAUUGGGUUUCUUUCGGUUUUUUUAUACCAUUGCUGUUUCAGUCAGAUUGUCAACGUUCUAGUUUUUAUUGGACAAGCGUUGAUUGAGUCCAAUUUUACUGAUUAAUUGUUGCAGGAGGUGAAAAAAACGGAUGGGUGUAACAGAGAAUGCUUCUGCUCAUGGACUCAAAUUUGAUGUGGAUGACAUGAUUGUGAAAAUGGCAAGCCAAGACCAAACCAAAAUGCUGCGCAUCAAACAGCAGCUGGCCACCAUAGACCACACUCCAGAUCACCCAGUAUACCCUGUCAUGGUGCAUGAGGCAAUUAUGGAUUUAAAUGAAGAAGGGGGAUCGACCAAGGAUGCAAUAUCACAGUUUAUCAUGAGAAAGUAUGAUGUUUUUCAGGUUGUUCAUGUGGCUAAACUAAUUGAACAAUUAGAGAAACUUGUGGAGAAGGAAGAGAUAGUUUUUACAUCUGAGAAUCGUUACACGCUUCCAGCUGAGGACUCUGGUUCUCCUUCUAAGUUAAAGCAGGGAAAGAAGCAGUCGGUGCAAUAUGAACUGGAUCGGAGAAGUAAUAAGUUGCAAAAGGUCAAUGAAGGAGUUCAAUUUCAAGAAGAUCAGAAUGCAAUUAUAGAAAUAGAAGAUCAACCUGAAAGUGAUAAAGCAAAACAAACACAAGUAGCUCAAAGUGAAGGCGUUGAAUACCAUAACCAUUUACAAGAAGAUCAGCUUAGGGUAUAUGAGGAAGAGAGGUUUGAGAUGACUACUGAGAAUUUUUCUCAAGUUGUUGAAGGACAGUCAAAAGUGAUUGUAGAAGAUAGAUACCAGCAACCUGCUGGGGUAGAUGAAAGACAUGGAAAAGAAGUUAAUAUCCAAAUGAGGGAAACUGAGGCAACUGAAGAGCGAAGUCAAUUACAGCAACAAGAACUCCAAGUGACUGAAGAUCAAGUGGAAACUGAACGUCAAAGUAAAGUAACUGAAGACCUGCAUCAUGUUGAACAUCCUGAAAAUGAAGAAAUUAUAGGCGAAAUUCGACCUCAGGUUCCACAAGAUUUGUAUGUUGACGAACAUUAUCAAUCAGAGGAAACAAAUAUUAGAACCAUUCCUAUGCAGAUUGAAACACGAGGAAAAGAAGUUGGAGUGAUUGGAGAGGAAAAGGCAUUGCUAGAACAGGAUAAUAAAGUGGGGAACAAUUCUACUGACAUUAGCCAUACAUCGGAGGUUUCUGCACAACCUGUUCGAGAUAAAGACAUGAUAGCUAUGCCAAGUUCUUCUCAGACAAGUCAACAAUUAGACCAUGUUGGAUCUUCAUUUUUAUUGCAUGCUCUGAAGGAAAAGUGUAUAAAUGUGUGGAAGAAGUUAACAGAAGCUGAGCAUGAGCUGAUGGAUGUUCUUAGCUGUUUGAAUUCAAUGGAAGUAAUAGCCAAUAUUCAUGAAUCAGAGCCAAAAGCAUUGCCACAUUCUGAUUAUGUACCCAAAGAUCCAACGCAACUUCAGCAGAAUCAACAAAUUGAGCUUCCUAAACUCAAAAGAACUGCAGAAGUUCAAAUAACAGCAUUGCAGGAAUCUUUUCAAAACCAGAAAAGGCAGGCUUUACCUGGAAAUCAUGAUUUCCCAUCGAAAUACUGGUCAGAAAAAAUUGGUGUUUCUCCUACUCAGCAAAUCAUGCACUCACAGCAACUGGAGGUGGAGAAACAUCAAGAUUUUCCUAGUUUUAAAGGCUAUCUACAACUUCAUGACCCAGAAAAGGGGUCCAAGUCAUGUUCAGUUGCUUGUUCUUUGGAACCCCAGGAGUUGAAUCUGGAGCAGAGAUCAGAGCAUCAUAGCACAAUUGUAGAGGACCUUCAGACUCCCAUCAAUUUGGAGAAUGUUGAGCUGCAGCAACGAUUAGAUGUCCCUGAGCUAAAAAAGGCUUUGGGAAAAAACUUGUCUACUGAUGGAGAAUUGACACCUGCCAAGGACAUCACUAUAGAUAGAGACCAGGUUGAGCCUGAGAAGCCUCCAGCAUUUGAGAUUACAGAGGAGCAAUUUUCCCAAGAACGGCUGCAGGGUGCUGUUCCUUGUGGUGAUGCAAAGAAACUCGAGCCUGUGCUCGUGAAUGGGCAGAAUCUUGAACUAUCAGUCAAAGAAAGGCAUAUAGAGGUUGAAACGAUCACUUCAGAGCAGCAACGCCAGAUAAAACAGCAAAUACAAGAGAAAGAAUUACAUCCUCUGGAGCAAAGGGCAUCUAAGAAUAAAUCUGAAUCAGGUGCAGCUGGAGCUACUUCUGAUCAGCAACUCCAUAACAUUGAAAUGCUUCAAGAUCCAAAGCAAAUUUUGGUGGUACAUGAAUCAUCCCGAUUAACGAAUCAGCAAAAGAAGGGUCGUGGCAAGAGAAAGAAAGUAGAAAUGGAGCUGCCCUGGAGGGAACUAUGGUAUCGUGGCACAAAGGCAUCUGAAUCUAAUCUAGCACAUCCAACAGAUGCAAAUGAUGUUGAUUCAGACAGACAGUGGAAACUAGAUCAUCCAAUCCCUGAAAGACCUCAAAAGAGAAAACCAAAGAACGUGGAGAAAUCAUCUCAAUCAGUGGAACAGGAACUGAAGGAUCAGGGUAGGAAAAGACUUCUCAGAUCUCAGCUUGCACCAGUAACAUCUGAUGAAGUCAAAAUGCUAGAAAAUCCAAAACAGCAAGAACUAACAUCAGCAGGGGAUUCUAUUCAAACUCGGCAGAAACAGCAACUACAGUCUCGAGUGCAAUGCUCUUCCCAAGCUGAAGAGAUUAUGGAUAAAACCAUGGAAGAAUCACAACCCUUACCAGACCAAAAUAAACAGGAAAGUCAACUGGCAUAUCAACAACGAGGGAAGCUAAAGCCUGUUAUGGAUACAACUAAGGGGAAAAUUUUACCUGUAGAUGGUGAAGAUCAUCACAAGGAGCUGCCAUUGCAUAUUCAAGGGCAAAGGCCUAAAGCCAUGACCAGUACAAAACUCAUAGUAAGAGAAAUAUCCUCAAGCCAUCAGAGUCACAAUGAGCAACAGCCCAAGAAACGUGGCCCAGGAAGGCCACCUAAAUCAUUAUCACCUGCAUCUCAAACUGUCAACGUACCAUUGUCUCCACAGAUUCAGCUUAAGCAGAAAAGGCUUCAACAUGAUCUUCAGAAAAAUGGCCAAUUGGUGCUGGUCAAGGGAGGUUUACAAGAUCCAAAUCACCAUCAGUUGCAGAAACCAUUUCAUCAUGACCUUCACAGGACUGGCAGCAAUGCAGGCCACAUUUCAAGAAGAAAAAGCCUCAGAAACGCAAAAGUGAUGGUAACAACCAAAGGGAAGACAUCCAAUACUUGACCGAGGGAAUUAAAGGACAGGGUAAUGCUAUUAUUUUCUGUUUUUUUUCAAACUUUUCAGGGGCAUUUAACUUGAUGGUGUUUUUAUUAGCUUUUUCAGUUUUCGGUUUUUUGAACAUGGAUAGGAAAUGUUAUAUCACUUUCCUUUUGCUCUA